CUUGCUAAGGAAUAAGCAUAAGGUAUCCGUACCUCCGGGAGUACGUACCUUCCGUCGUAGGGCUGUGGGCCUGUGCCCAGACAUCACUCAAUGGCGGCAGGGAUCGAUUACCAGUCACCAGUUCAUAGCAGUGCAGGAACUGGCGCCCGGGUCGCCGCUUCCUUGGCUGCAGGCCUGCGGCUGCUGCUGCUGCUGCUGUCGAUCAUCGAGAAUUCGGGUGGCAGGUGGGAUAAGCGGCGAGCCUCAGCUCCUUCCUUGUCCUUUUUUUCCCCUUCUCCUCUUUCUGCGUCUCCCACGCCGCCAAACCUCAACCGCCUCUUGUCUUGAAUGAUUAUUCUCUACUGUUAGCGUUGCUGCGUUCGCUCGUUGCUCUCUGUGUGUGUUUGUGCGUGCGUGCGCUGUCUUGCUUGGAAACGAUUGCCAUGAUGCCAUGAAUUUACGACCUGAACGACACCCGCUAGUUAAUUCACCACCAGUUCCCACCACACAAUGGCCACUACCCGAGACUGGCACCCGCUCUCCGCAUUCCGGGAAAUGGCCCAUGGUAGUGGUGGCAUGAACUCAUCCACCACAUUGCCGGCUUUCCAUUACGACUAUGAUGUCGACGACGCGCACCCCGAUCGCAGCGACACACCGGAUGCUUGGGCCAAAUAUCUUCGCACUCGCAUCUCCCGUCGCAAACAGCUCUACCACAGCCUCGAUCCCUCUGACCAGGACCUGAUUCGCAAAGAAGUUCGGAGAAUCAGCUACUUCAGGGACCAUUUCAAGGACUAUCGCGUAUUCCCGACAGAUGGGCUCCCGUUGGUCGCCUUGCUAGAUGACUCCCGCCAGAAGUGGCGGGACAUUGCCGCCAAGAGAGCAACGGAAGAGUUGGCCAAGGUCCAGCGGCAGACCGAAAAGUCUGGCGAGACGGUGGCGACGACCCGUAACAGAAAAGUGCUGAGGUAUGUCCAGCAAUGGCAGACGCCUGGCUACAAGGAUGCCCAAAAGGCCCUCUACCCUGAAGCCUACAUGCCCGACCUGGACGCCGGACCAGAUAACAGCGAGGACGACCCGAAGCGCGAGGACUAUGGGUACCACGGCUGGGUCAUCCUCUGGGACGAGGAGAAGGGAUGGGCCUCCAUGGACCACCCGCUGGUGCAUGGCUCUUUUCCUCACCAGAAGAUCUCCAUCCAGCAGUUUCUCUACAACAAGGACAGCACGCCCCUCAAGCGAUCAGAUCGCAAGGACCAGUUCCGGUACUUUCACCUCCCCGCCAACAACAUGAAAUGGGUGGAACAGGCGAUGAGCAGGUACUACGGCGAGGACAACGUCGAGUUUGACGGCAUGAAGGCCCUGAACAUGAAGCACAACUCACAACGGCUCCUGCGGCCAGAGCUCUGGCGAGGCCAGCAGCGUGGUGGUUAUGGACUGCCCGCCCACUCGCGGCAGAUAGGGCCGCGUUGCUCCAUGGUUCCCUCUGCGCCUCUCGGACCCAAGGGCGGACUCGAACAGGACGGCUGUGUGCGGAGAGAUUUCACACUCUUCAUGCCCUUCUUGCACUUUGAAGUUGAGAAGAGACUCCACCGCAUGGGCCAGUUCAUGCAGGUGGCCAAGUCGCAGAACGAGAAGCUGCGCAGGGCCAACACGUUCCGGCAGCGAGGCCGCAUGGCCAGCGUCGCCAACAACAAGAUCAAGAAGAGCCACGGUCAUGUCGCCAGCUUUGAGCCCGAGAAGAGACGCUUCACUGAGGCAUGGAGACCGCGGAACGCACUGGCCAAGUACUUCUGGCACGUGGCCAAGAUACACCAAAUCAUUGACGAGGCAGCCGACGGGCGCCUCAUCGAGGAUCACCUGUACGCCACGCCUCCCCUGCACCCUCGCAGGACACUGGAGCAGUUCUACUACUGGACUGCCGAGGACACCAGUCGGCGAGAUCGUGACCAGGUUGUGGCACGCGGCACGCGGUACUAUAGCGAGGAACACAGCGCUGAAGCCUCAACCCGCCUCAUCAUGGUCGACCAGUUGUGGCUGUGGAUUCUGGAUGACAAUACCGUGAUAUCGGCGUUCCCCCGACGCUGGGGACGCAACAAGCCCGACCCGUCGGCUGUGCAUCGCAGCAUCCGUGAUCGGCUUGGGGGACUGGACGCUGGCGAGAUCCAGUCAGUCUACGACCUUGCGCUCGUCGUCGUCGACGAGUGCUCCAAGGUCUUCUUCGACCCUUCGAAGCUGCUUGAUCACCGGCCCGAAUUGCUAGACCUUUUCAGCUCGGCCAUCUCCAAGAUCGCCGAGAACAAGACCAUUGCGUACGAGGGCUUUGGGCUUGAUCUGAGCAAGAUCAGCAGCGAGACGAUUGAAUCAGCAGAGAGGCUGGUUCGCAAGUCGUUGAACAUUAGUUUCGAAUGGUCCAUCCUGGAGGAGGCCCAGCACGUGCUGGAUGAGCUACAGAUUAUGCAGGAGAUUUUCAACACGCAAAUCCUCGUACUGAGAGAUCUGGAUCGCAACUUGCAAGAGCUUCUCAGCGUCGAAAUGCCAAAUCCAACAAUGGUGGCGCAGUCUGGACGGGAUUCUGUUGCCACAAAGAUCCGUGAGGGUUGGCAGAAUGCACGGGACAGGAUCGUGUCACUCACCUCAGACAUGGAGCAGCGACGGGGCGAGCUGGCCGAGAUGGAGAAGCUCCAGACGAAGACACGCUCACAGCUGCGCGACCUCGUUGAUAUGAAGCAGCAGCAGGCCAACAUUAUCGAAGCCAAGGCCGCUAUUCGUCGAGCGGAUGAGUCGGUAAUACAGGGCCGAUCCAUUGUGAUCUUCACAGUGGUGACGAUUAUAUUUCUCCCUUUGCAAUUUAUGACAUCCAUCUUUGGCAUGAACGCAAGGCAAUUCAGCAAUGACGGUGAAAUGGACCUCAUGCCACAGCUCAAAUGGAUGUUCGGCGUGAGCAGUGUUGUCAUUGUCGUGUCGCUAUCUCUCGCAUUUAGUACCUGGAUACGCACGGCGCUGGCGGUGGGAUGGACCUUUGUCUACACGUACAUUGAAGAACGGCUGGGCCUGCGCUCAAAGAAGGCCCGCUACAGCACGAGCGCCUUCAAGAGCAAGCAGCACGAGCGUCUCCGAGAGCUCGAGACGCGGGAUCAGCAGAGACGUCUCACUGAGAUCAACAGUCGCAGGAUGACCUCGCCGAGACGGCAGCAGCAGCAGCAGCAGAGGGAGAAGAGGUCGACGUGGGAUGUACGAAACCUGAAGCCGACAUCGGGGCUGUUCCGGUGGAAGCGAGACACGCCCAAGGACAAUCACGACGCUGUCUGA